CGUUAAUCGUAAAGAAAACUAAUAUUCAUAUUUAUGCAUAUGAAUACAUAUAGUAACUAAAUAAUACGUAAGAAAUGAGUAUUGAUAAAAAAGAAACAAAAAAUAAUUCAGGAGUAACUGAAUUUGUUGAAUCUAAAGAAAGAAAAAGACGACAUGAGAAUGAAAAUCGUAUGGAAGUUGAAGUAAUCAAUGGUAUAGAAGGAAAAACAAAAUCACGCAUAACUUCAAAAAGAGCUCGAACUAUACAAGGUGGUGAACAAAGAAAGAUAUCUGUACCUGCUCACAGGUAUACACCAUUAAAAGAAAAUUGGAUGAAAAUAUUUACACCUAUUGUUGAACAUUUACAAUUGCAGAUAAGAUUUAAUGUGAAAACACGAAAUGUAGAAUUAAGAACAGGUGCAGAAACUCUUGAUAUUGCUAAUCUACAAAAAGGAGCUGAUUUUGUAAAAGCAUUUAUUUAUGGGUUUGAAGUAGAAGAUGCUCUAGCUUUGUUACGUUUAGAUGAUUUAUUUGUAGAAACAUUUGAAAUUCAAGAUGUAAAACCUUUGAAAGGUGAUCAUGUUUCUAGAGCAAUUGGAAGAUUAGCUGGGAAGGGUGGAAGGACAAAGUAUACAAUAGAAAAUGUUACGAAAACUAGAAUUGUACUAGCUGAUAGUAAAAUUCAUAUACUUGGUUCUUUUCAAAAUAUACAAUUGGCAAGGAGAGCAAUAUGUAAUUUAAUUUUGGGUAGUCCACCAUCAAAAGUUUAUGGACAAUUGCGGAAUGUAGCAAAUAAAGUUUCAGGACGAUUAUAAAUAUUACAAGUUAGUAUCAAGGAACUUUGUUAAGAACUAAUCUACCAUCAUAACUCAAUGAUGCAAAUGUCCAAGGAUCAGCAGAUGACCAUUCAACUG